AUGGCACCUAUGACGCCCCAGCAUCAACGCUUCGCCUCCGUAUCCUCUGGCACAUGCAGCGAAGAUCGUCACGUACCAGCAUCUGAUCCUGGCUCGGAUCUCAGCUCGGACUAUUCCGAUCUCUUCCAGGCCUCGCACCAACCUGGCGGCUUCGCUUACCCUUACAGGGCUAGAGAGCAGAUGUCCAUCCAUCCGCCCUGCUUUGACCCUCAGCAGACGACGCUUCCGGACUAUGUCGUGGACGAGCUCAAGAGACUCAAGCUCGAAAACAUGGCUCUCAAGCGCAUGGCACAGGAAGUCGUCCGCAUCAACAUCGACUCCAGCUCGGUCGGUGACUCGAUUGGAUCCGCCCUUCGAUGCAGCCAUCAUCCUCCCGUGCCAUCGCCACCUCGACUCCAGCGCGUGUUUGACGGAGCAGACCCAACGCAAGUGUUCAGCGACGCUAGCAGCACCAAUGCAGCUCCAUCGCAAUCCACCAAGGUCCGGGAGAGCGGCGCCUCUGCUUCGAUGUGGGCCCCAGCGAAUCGCGGCACGCCUGUUCAGUCUGGGACCGCAGCGAUCACGAUGGGUGCUAGACCUUUCAGGGCAAGCGAAAUCUCAGCAGCAGAGCUCAGUCGACGCGUCGCGAUGAACGACUCCAGCGCAAUCACCGGCAACAACAGCCCCUUUGACGCAACCGCUCCUGCCUUUACUCGGUCCACACCUCUCUCGAGGGCCUCGCCUCGCGACUCACCUGGCCCGGCUACUCUGACUCUGUCAUCGAGGCUCGAAAACGCCCCCGCCUCGUCUCUCGUCACCAUGAUCCUGGAGAAGCGGGGCCAGGACGCCAGCCUGUUGCUGCAGCAGCAGCUCAAGAGUGGCACGCCCGAGCGACAGGCCGAGAUCAUGGAUGCCAUCUGCGCCAGGAUUGUGCCUCUGUCCCAUGAUCGACACGGCAACUUCCUCGUUCAGGGAGCGAUCGAGACACGACCCGAGACUGCCAAGCACCUCAAGGGAGCCUACGUCGAGCUGGCCAUGUCGCAGUUCGGCUGUCACGUCGUUCAGAAGGCGCUUGAGGGUGCAGAAGUUGUUCGCGAAGCUGUUGCCGAGGAGCUGCUCGGGUCUCGGCUCGACCAGACGCUCACCUCGCGACACUCGAUCCACGUCUGGCAGCGCAUCCUGGAGACGGAGUGGACUCGCCCACGAUUCCGAGAGCAGAUCUUUGCCUCCAUCAACCGACAGCUCCAGGGCCGAUGGGCACGGACUGCCCGCCAGGAAACGGGCAGCAUCAUCUGUCAAAACAUUUUCGAGUCGGCCCAGCCCGCGGAGAAGGCGCAGUGCAUGCAAGAGGUGCUCGAAGAAUUGGACGAGUGCGCAAACAAUCAGUGGGGCGUAUGGGUGGUGCAGCACAUUAUCGAGCACGGUGCCGACGACGAGCGCAGGGCUGCCCUCCAAGGACUGGUUCGCUCAGCCUCGAAGCUGACGCUUUCUCAGUAUGGUCAAAAGGCCAUCAUGAGCGGACUCAAGACGGGCGACCAGCGCUUUCUGCAGGAGUAUGUGGAGGCCAUGUGCCACAGCUCGCCGCCGCCUCGACCAGCCUUGAUCGAUGUGUGCCUCGCCACGCACGGUAUCCAGAUCGUAACGCAGCUGCUGACGACGGUGGAUCAAAAGACACGCGACCGAAUCAUCUCGACGGUACGCCGCAACUCGGUUUUCCUCAAAGGCAGCAAGGCGGGCAUGAAAGUGCAUCAGCUGUGCGAGCGAGCCCGAGCCUUUGCCGGCUAUUGA